GCCCCGCCGCCAUGGAGCCUGUGGGCGCUUGGGGCCCUGCGCAGACUGCGGCCUGGCUGCGAGGGCUGGACGCAGCCGUGCAGGGGUAUCCCUUCGAGGAGUGGGGUCUGGCAGGCACUGAGCUGCUGAGGCUGUCAGAGGGAGCUCUGGAGGCACUGGGAGUUUGGCGUGUGGGACACCAGGAGCUUCUGCUGGAGGCCGUGGAGCAGCUCAGAGCCCUGGACACAGAGCUGGUGAGCACCAGCCUGCGAACACUGACAGAGAGGCUGCGGGAGCUGGCACAGUGCACUGAGACCGUGGUACUUGAGGGCUCACCCGGGGGGACCACUCCACAGCCACCCCUCAUCGCCCUGCUGACCUGUGUUGUCGACCUGAUUGGAGCUGCCAAGAGGCUCUUCUCCUGGCUCAACAGAUACCUCUUCUCCACCCUGAAUGACUUUUCAUCCACUCGGGACAUUGUCCUGCUCUGUGCCCGCCUGGUGGAGGUGCUGCAGAUGGACUGCUCUACUGCAGAGAAGAACAGCCAGAUUCUGUGUAUAUGCCAGCACAUCAUAGGCAUCUGUGAGAGCAUCGUGGGCUGCAGUCCCCCAGCACUGCUGGACCGCAGGGCCAUGCUGCAGCAGGUGGAGCUGGCACUGCCCCUCACACCAUGUGAUGGCCCUCCAGAUUCCCCCAGCACCCCCACGCUGCCCCCUGGCCUGUGGGGCAGCCCCCCAACAUCUCCCAGCAUCCCAGUGCUGCCUCCUGAGACUCCAGGGAGCCCUCCAGCAUCCCCCAGCACCCCAAUGCUGCCCUACAACCCACUGGGUCUGGAGAUCACCUCCACCAGCUCCUGCCUGCACUUUGUGUCCAUGACCAACUCGGAGGCCCUGGCUGUGCAUGGGGGUCACAUCCUGCCCGGGGACGAGAUCGUGCAGGUCGAUGAGCAAGUGGUGGUGGGUUGGACACGCGUCAACCUGGUGAAGAAGCUGCUGGAGAAGGCAAGCAGAGCGUCACUUGUGCUGAAGAAGCUGCCCCUCAGCCUGCCUGGUUCCCCCCUGAGCACCAGGCAGCAGGUGCCGGGUGCUUUUCUGGAUGCUGUGGAUCUCCCCAAAAGCAGCGAGUACCCCAGCAGCCCCUCGUCCCCGGCAUCCAGCACCACUGCCGACGCAGACUCAGGGCCGGACCCCAGCACUGACGAAGACAAACACAGCACAAGCCUGCGAAGGGAGGACGUGGGUGAGCUCCGGCCGGCAGCACUCAGUCUCGGUGCUGGGAAGGACGUGGUGUGGGAGGCCGGCACCCCACAAGGCACCCCAAGCUCACCGUGUGCCUUCCAACCCUGCACAGCAGAGUUCAGCCCCACAACAGCCCCCAGGGCACAAAGUGCAGAGCCCAGCCAGACCCCCGGGGAGGGCAGCCCUGAGACGGGACGCAGAGCCAAAGGAGUGGCGACCAGGCUGAGCCGCCGGCGGGUCUCAUGCCGGGACCUGGGCCGGGCGGACUGCGAUGGCUGGCUCCUGAAGAAGAAGGACCACGUGGGCUUCAUGGCCCAGAAGUGGAAGCGCUGCUGGUUUGUGCUGAAGGGCCACACGCUCUACUGGUACAACCACCCCAACGAUGACAAGGCUGCAGGUCUCAUCAAUGUGGCCACUUACAACCUGGAGAGCACAAGGGAGCAGAAGAAGAAAUAUGUCUUCCAGCUCUCCCAUGAGAAGUACAAGCCCUUUGUCUUCGCUGCGGAAACGCUGGCAGAUUUGAGCAUGUGGGUCAGCCACUUGAUCACAGCUAAGACAAAGCAUGCACUAGCCCACCAGCCCGUCCCACACAGGGAGGAAGACUGCUACAGCGAGACAGAAGCUGAGGACCUUGAUGAUGAAUCUCCCCGACCUGGCUUUGACUCGCCAAAGAAAAGGCUGCAGAACGCCCCAGAGAAAGCCCAGCUCUUCCAGACCAGUGGUGAAUCCAGCAGCCCGCAGAGUAGCCCUCAGCCCCAUUCACCUGUAGAGCCCUGCGAGGAGGAUCUCGAGAGCCUGAUGUGGUGCCUGAGGCAGGGCGGGGUGUCCCUCAUCGGGCGGCAGCGCUUCCUGACACAGGAGCAGUGCCGUAAGUCCUUCAUCCGGCGCAACAAGAACCCCCGCAUCAACGAGAAGGUGCACGCGGUGCGGGCCCUGCAGAGCACGCUCAAGGCGAAGCUGGCGGAGCUGCAGGCCCUUGAGCAGCUGCUGGAUGAUGCCGCGCUGACCUCCGAGAAGUUCCAGCGCUGGAAAGACGAGCACCAGGACCUGUACCAGGAGCUGCAGGAGUGGUGGGCACGGCAGCAGGGCCAGGACAGCGGCGGGGGUCACGAGGCUGAGCAGAGGCCUCCAGCAGGAGCAGCCGAGCCCUGACACUCCCCGGGCCCCAGCAGGAAUCAUUCCCCAUUGAGCUCACAGCACUGCGGGUGCUCUGCCUGUCCUGGAUCGGUGCGUGGGGGUUUGGUGACGUUUCAGAAGGUUCAGCCCCCCACAGUGGCUUCUGCUGCAUCGCCCACAGGGGUGGGACACCGCAGGGCCAAUCCUGCUUUUUUCUGAGGACCCUUCACAUUGAGGACAGGGGCUUUCUCCAGGAGGAACGCGUCCCCAAUGCAAUGCCUCCAGCCGGGCUCUCUUCUGCAGCUAAUAAAUCGCUGACAGAUGUGCCACGUGCCGAAGUGUCCCUGCGGUGACAUCCGGCCCCCCACACCACGUGCCGCCGUGCUCCCGGGGAAGGGAGGAGCCGACAGAGCCCUCCAGCAUCGCUGAGCACCGGCAUAGCCAGCAUGGGAGGAUCCGGCUGAUGGACCCGGAGCGGAGGAGCAGCGCGGACCUCCGCUCUCUGCUGACGGCCACUGCGGAGCUCCCCCCCCUUCGGGCCAGGGCUACCCACACCUCAGCACACCUGAGCGCACCACCCGCACUGCGCACGCGCAAGAAAACAGCGAACCCCACCCCGCGGUGGCGGCUGCCGACACUUUUCCUCCACCGAACGCCGCGGGGCGGGGCCAUCUUUUCGCUCAGCCAAUCGGCGCGAG